UUGACCAUAGUACUACUGUACAACCUUUUUCGCUGCUGUUUUGCAGACCAUCUCUCUUUCUCUCUCCUCUUGUCUCUAUCCAUUUCUCUCUCCUCUCUUUCUUCUGCUACCAAAAUUAAAAUUACCAGAAAUUUGCUGCAAUUUUCCAUAACUGGAAUAUUAUUCCUGUUACUUUUCGAGAUAAUUAUAUUAAUCAAUCUCAAUUUGAAAAUAAACUAAUAACAAUCAUCAAUCGAUCAAUCAAUCAAUCAAAUAUUUGAUUGAUCCACCACCGUCAUCGCUCUUCUUGCUGUCAAACAAUCCGUGUCAUCCUCGUGUCGCCGCCGCAACGCCCUCGAGUAGUGUGCUACUGUGCUUUUCAGGUUUUAUACCGAGGGUUGCAUUUAUUAACCAUUACGGUUAUGGAGGCUGAUGGGUCGAGGAGGAUUAAUAGAAAGGGUAUGGACCAUGCAAAUGGCGACACAAUUGAUUCUUGUGCUGAUGAUGACCUUGAUCCUUGGACUGCUUGGGCCUACCGACCUCGGACAAUCACAUUGUUGUUUAUUGGUGCUUGUUUCCUAAUUUGGGCUAGUGGAGCUCUUGAUCCUGAGCGCUGCGAAUCGGAUGAUGUUGUUACUUCUGUCAAAAGGGGUGUAUGGGCAAUGAUUGCAGUGUUUCUUACUUAUUGCAUGUUACAAGCGCCUUCAACAGUCCUUAUACGACCACAUCCAGCAAUUUGGCGCCUAGUUCAUGGAAUGGCUGUCGUUUACCUUGUUGCUCUGACAUUUUUGCUUUUUCAGAAACGUGAUGAUGCUCGCCAGUUCAUGAAAUAUCUUCAUCCAGACCUUGGUGUUGAACUUCCUGAAAGAUCAUACGGUUCAGAUUGCCGAAUAUAUGUUCCUGAAGACCCCACCAACAGGUUUAAGAACCUUUAUGCAACAAUAUUUGACGAAUUUUUCCUAGCGCAUAUUCUUGGAUGGUGGGGCAAGGCAAUCAUGCUUCGAAAUCAGCCCUUGCUCUGGGUAUUAUCUAUUGGUUUUGAAAUGAUGGAGCUAACCUUUCGUCAUAUGCUACCAAAUUUCAACGAGUGUUGGUGGGACAGCAUUAUUCUGGACAUUCUGCUCUGCAAUUGGUUUGGUAUUUGGACUGGUAUGUGUACUGUGAGAUAUUUUGAUGGGAAAACAUAUGACUGGGUAGGAAUAAGCCGCCAGCCAAAUAUCAUCGGCAAGGUUAAACGUACUUUGGGACAGUUCACACCUGCGCGAUGGGAUAAAGAUGAGUGGCAUCCGCUGCUUGGUCCUUGGCGUUUUAUACAAGUUCUGUUUCUUUGCAUUGUGUUUCUGACAGUGGAGUUGAAUACAUUUUUUCUCAAGUUUUGUCUUUGGAUUCCUCCCCGCAAUCCCAUUAUCAUCUAUAGGUUGAUUUUAUGGUGGCUAAUUGCCAUUCCUACUAUUCGAGAAUACAAUUCCUAUCUACAGGACAGGUAUACAAAUCCUUCCUUUUUGUGGCCUAGGAAACUCAUAAAAAAGGUGGGGGCAUUAUGCUGGCUUGCUUUGGCUAUCUGCAUUGUCGAGUUACUCAUCUGUAUCAAAUUUGGAAAUGGAUUAUACCCAAAUCCGAUGCCUCUGUGGUUGGUAAUUUUUUGGACAUCAUUCGGUGUAGGAAUCUUGAUCUUUUUGUUGACAUGGACUUGGAAAUUACAAAAAUAUACAGAGAAGAAGAGACAAUGAUUAGCAUCACCAGCGGAAUUGUGUGAUGGUUCAUGUCUUUGCCAUUCUAGACUUCUUAGUUGGUUUGACUGUAAAUACUUCUUUUUCAUCUGCAAUUGUAAAUGCUGCUCAUUGUUUGAACGUUAGAAUCACAAUUUUCCUUUUUAGGGGUUAUUUGUCAGGUCUUGAAGAGUCUUAGGUGGAUCCCCUUCUAAUCUAGGCUGUGGAUAUGUACCUGUUCCUUACUAAUUUUGGUAAUCUUGGUAGUAUUCUUUCAUUCUUCA